AAAGAGAAAAGUGAGCUUAGGAUAGAGAGAGUGUGACCGAUAGAAUGGGAGUACACCGAAAACAUACAACAUAAUUCCCCUGGCGUGUAAAUAAUAAUAAAAGAGAGAAAACGAAACGCUUUCGAUUCUGUUGUAACAUUAAAAAACGAGUGCGAAGAAGCAAAUCACAUUGAUAGUGAAACAAGAGCUACCACCACCACCUCCUUCGUUCUUCUUCAUCUCCACCGUUACAAAACCAUUCAGCUCUCUCUCUCUCUCUCUCUCUCUCAUUCUCGGUGCUCCAUAACCGUAUCUGGUUCGUUCGGGUUGUUCUGAUCCGUAUCGUGCUCUGCUCUGGGCGACGACAGGCAGCAAUGGAAGAAGGCCUUAUUUGCCAGUGGAGCGUGUUUCGAUCUCUCUUGGCAAUCCUUCAAUGGUGGGCUUUCAAUGUCACUGUUAUCAUCAUCAACAAGUGGAUCUUCCAGAAAUUGGAUUUCAAGUUCCCGUUAUCGGUAUCCUGUAUCCACUUUAUUUGCUCAGCCAUUGGAGGAUAUGUGGUGAUUCAGGUGCUUAAGCUUAAACCACUGAUAGCUGUUGAACCUGAAGAUCGCUGGAGAAGAAUAUUUCCUAUGUCAUUUGUGUUCUGCGUUAACAUUGUGCUGGGGAAUGUGAGCCUACGAUACAUACCAGUUUCUUUUAUGCAGACAAUAAAGUCAUUCACUCCUGCAACUACAGUUUUUUUGCAAUGGCUGGUAUGGAGGAAAUAUUUUGAUUGGCGUAUUUGGGCUUCUCUUAUACCCAUUGUUGGAGGGAUUCUUGUGACAUCUGUUACAGAGCUUAGUUUUAAUAUGUUUGGUUUUCUUGCUGCCUUAUUUGGCUGUUUGGCUACAUCUACAAAGACUAUUCUUGCUGAGUCUCUGCUGCAUGGAUACAAAUUUGACAGCAUCAACACAGUUUAUUACAUGGCACCUUUUGCAACUAUGAUCCUGGCGGUACCUGCUUUGUUACUUGAAGGCAAUGGAAUCCUUGAGUGGCUAAGUAUUCAUCCAUAUCCUUGGAUAGCCCUGAUCAUCAUUUUCAGCUCUGGGGUCUUGGCGUUCUGCCUCAACUUCUCCAUUUUUUAUGUGAUUCACUCCACCACUGCUGUAACAUUUAAUGUUGCUGGAAACCUAAAGGUUGCGGUUGCUGUUCUUGUUUCUUGGCUGAUAUUUAGGAACCCAAUUUCAUAUAUGAAUUCUAUUGGAUGUGCCAUAACUCUUAUUGGAUGUACAUUCUAUGGUUAUGUUAGACAUAUGCUCUCACAACAGCCAGCAGUUCCGGGAACUCCUCGGACACCCAGGACCCCUAGGAGUAAGAUGGAGUUGCUUCCUCUUGUAAAUGAUAAAUUAGAUGAUAAGGUCUAACUGGUUUAUCAUCUAGUGAGGUUUCUGCUGUUUGAAAUGACAGUAAUAGCAAAAGGUAAAAGAAAAUAUAAAAGUAGAGGGACUUUGAUUAAUCAUUCUGUUAGAUUGCCCACCACAGUUUUUUAAUACAUAUAGUUCUUUUUUGGAUCCCUCCAUCUUCCCUUCCACUGUAUCUUCAACUAUCUCUUCAAUUCCCUAUUAUAGAUUGUUUCUUCUCUGACUU